CCACGCGCAGGCUCUGAGCAAGAGCAGCAUGGUGGCCGUCCCCGAGAGUGUGCUCAAGAAGCGCAAGCGCCAGGAGAAGUGGGCCGCUGACAAGGCGGCCGCCACCUCUGCUGCUGAGACCAAGGCUGCCGCCAAGCGCAAGGACAUCUUCAAGCGGGCCGAGGCGUACGUCGCUGAGUACCGCUCUGCCGAGCAGCAGCUCGUCACGAUGAAGCGCGCCGCCCGGAAGGCUGGCACGUUCUACGUUGAGCCGGAGCACAAGCUGCUCUUUGUGAUGCGGCUGCGCGGUAUCAACGGGAUGCACCCCAAGACGCGCAAGAUCAUGCAGGUCCUGCGGUUGCUGCAGAUCAACAACGGCGUCUUCAUGAAGGUCAACAAGGCGACGAUGAACAUGCUGGUCAAGGUGGACCCGUACAUCAUGUACGGCUACCCCAACCUGAAGACCGUCAAGGAGCUCGUCUACAAGCGCGGACACGCCAAGGUGAACGGCCAGCGCGUGCCCAUCACCGACAACGAGAUCAUCGAGAAGGCGCUCGGCGAGAAGACCAAGGGCAAGAUCAUUUGCAUUGAGGACCUCGUGCACGAGCUCUACACCGUGGGCCCGCACUUCAAGGAGUGCACCAAGUUCCUCUGGCCCUUCAAGAUGAACUGCCCCGUCGGCGGCUUCUCACGCAUCCGCAACCACUUUGUCGAGGGCGGCGACGCCGGCAACCGGGAGGAGUACGUGAACGAGCUCAUCCGGCGCAUGCUGUGAGGCGCCCCCCCUCAACCCCCUCCGCCAAUCUGGACGCCGCCGGGCACGAGGCGCCACACGCCGGGCGCGCCGCACGCCGGGGGAGUGUGGCGUUUGUCUUGGGUACUAAUGGCGCGUGGAGAGAGAGAGAGCGGCCGGGCGGCGGCCGCGCGUGAUGGCGCCUCGUGUGCUGUGUGGAGCGUCCUCCUUGGCGGAGCGUCGAUGAUUAAACUUUGACUAUUUUACGGGCUUCCCCGAUCUAU